ACUUAAUGAGGAUCCUAACGUGCAGGGCCUUGCACUUGACCUCCCAGAAAGCUUAUAUAGCAGUAAGGUAUUAAAUGCUGUGAAACCAGAGAAGGACGUGGAUGGAUUAUCCAGUGUAAACCUAGGACACUUGGUACGUGGCGAUGUCUGUGAUUGUCUAGUUCCUCCUACAGUGUGUGCUGUGAUGGAGCUUCUUGAAAAUCUAGGUGGAAAGACGGUGCUGCUGGUGGGAGCCAAUGGGGCAGUCGGUGCUGCCCUGCAGAGCAUGCUGCAGAGGGAGGGAGCAGCGAUUGUCAGCUGCCUGUGGAAAGCCCCACAGCUGCAGAAUGAGCUUCGUCAUGCAGAUGUGGUGGUAUUUGGCAGUAUGAAACCCGAUGAUGUUCCUGUGAGCUGGAUAAAGCCUGGAACCACCAUUAUCAGUUGUUCUCAUGACCUGCUGUCAGAGAAACGCAGCUACAGUCAGCAAAACAACUCUGCUGCAGAAAAUGCUGUUGGUUCUCUUGCAAUAGCAAUGAGAAUGCAGAACAUGGUAAAAGCCGUGGAGCGAUGGAUCCAGUCCCGUCAGUACAGGAAGUGGAACCUCCACUGCUUGAAACUGCAGCCCCUCUCCCCAGUGCCCAGUGAUAUUGAGAUUUCCCGAGCACAGAGUCCAAAAGCUGUUGAUGUACUUGCCAAGGAGAUAGGAUUGCUUACAGAUGAAAUUGAGAUCUAUGGCCAAACCAAAGCCAAAGUACGUUUGUCCCUGCUGGAAAGGUUAAAGGAUCAGCCAGAUGGAAAAUAUGUUCUAGUUGCUGGAAUAACCCCUACACCCCUAGGAGAGGGGAAAAGCACAGUCACAGUUGGUCUCGUUCAGGCACUUACUGCACACCUUAAAAUUAAUUCCUUUGCUUGUCUGAGACAACCUUCUCAAGGACCUACUUUUGGAGUUAAAGGUGGAGCAGCCGGUGGUGGAUAUGCUCAAGUGAUCCCCAUGGAAGAGUCUUUGUAUAAUAGGCUGGUUCCAGUAGUUAAUGGUGUGAGAGGAUUUUCUCCUAUUCAGCUUGCCCGUCUAAGAAAGCUGGGAAUAAACAAGACUGAUCCUGAAACUUUAACAGAAGAGGAGAUCAGCAAAUUUGCACGCCUUGAUAUUGACCCAUCUACCAUAACAUGGCAAAGAGUGGUGGAUACAAAUGACAGAUUCCUGCGCAAAAUAACAAUUGGGCAGGCAAAUACGGAGAAAGGAUUUGUCCGUCAGGCUCAGUUUGAUAUUGCUGUUGCAAGUGAAAUUAUGGCCAUCCUGGCGCUUACCACCAGCCCUCAAGAUAUGAAAGAGAGACUGGGGAAAAUGGUGGUGGCUAAUGACAAGAAAGGAGAACCAGUAACAGCAGAGGAUUUGGGAGUAACAGGUGCUUUAGCAGUUUUGAUGAAAGAUGCAAUUAAGCCCACGCUAAUGCAGACAUUAGAGGGAACACCAGUAUUUGUUCACGCUGGACCUUUUGCUAACAUUGCACAUGGAAAUUCUUCUGUUUUGGCAGAUAAAAUUGCCCUUAAAUUAGUUGGAGAGAAAGGAUUUGUAGUAACUGAAGCUGGCUUUGGUGCUGACAUUGGGAUGGAGAAAUUCUUCAACAUCAAAUGCAGAGCGUCUGGCUUGUUUCCCAAUGUGGUUGUACUUGUUGCAACAGUGAGGGCUUUGAAGAUGCAUGGAGGUGGGCCAAAUGUAACUGCUGGUGCCCCCUUGAAGAAAGAAUACACAGAAGAGAACCUCCAGCUGGUAGCUGAUGGCUGCUGUAAUCUGCAGAAACAGAUUCAAAUUACUCAGCUCUUUGGAGUUCCUGUUGUGGUUGCUCUAAACGUCUUCAAAACUGACUCUCCUGCUGAGGUUGAUCUUGUGUGUAAGAUUGCAAAGGAGUCUGGAGCAUUUGAUGCUGUACCCUGCAAUCACUGGUCAGCUGGUGGUAGAGGAGCAGUACAAUUAGCUCAAGCUGUGGAAAAGGCGGCCAGUCAGAAAAACAGUUUCAAAUAUCUCUACAGCUUGGAGCUUCCCAUUGCUGAAAAAAUAAGGAUCAUUGCUCAGAAGGUGUAUGGAGCACAGGAUAUAGAGCUGUCUCCUGUUGCACAGUCACAAGUUGAUCGUUACACCCGGCAGGGAUUUGGAAAUCUUCCCAUUUGUAUGGCAAAAACUCACCUAUCCCUCUCCCAUCAGCCUGAGAGGAAGGGUGUUCCCACCGGUUUCAUUUUGCCGAUUAGCGAUGUACGAGCCAGUAUUGGAGCUGGAUUCAUCUACCCUUUGGUAGGAACGAUGAGUACCAUGCCAGGACUGCCCACAAGGCCAUGUUUCUAUGACAUCGACCUUGACCCUGUCACAGAGCAAGUGAAAGGAUUGUUUUGAGAGUGAGGUCCAAAUUCAGAAGCCUGAAAAUUAAGAACUGCAACUUUCCUGCAAGUAGGAGACAAAAAUGAAUCUGAAAUAUUCCUGUUAUGUGUCUCUGGAGGAAUGUCAAGAUAGACCAAAGAGCAAAAGUUUACUCUUUCUUCAAACUAGUUUUUAUGAUGAAAUAUAGCUGUAAGGUUAAAAAAAAAAAAAAAUCACAAAAAAAGACCAGCAAGCUAAAGUUUUACUCACUGUCAUGCAGGAAACUCUCUCUACUGGGGUUUACGCUGGUUUGUGGAUAAAAUGACACUGAAAAAGAGCAAUUUUUCAACUCGGAGUUUUCGUCUUUUUUCAGAUGAGUUUACAGAAGUAUUUCCUUUAUCUUGGUUAUCUAAAAACUUGUGUAAACCUGAUUAUGCUGUGUGACCAAGCCUAUUUCUCUCUGAAAAGUACGCUUUUGCUCCUGGCAUUCAGGAGUUGAAGCUACACACAGAUUAACUGCACAUUUUUGAGUUAUCAUCAGGCGUUGCUCUGGAUGCAUUUGGGCAACAGCCAAGCUUCGAGCAAGGAAGAUAUUAAACAGAGAAAGAACAGAGCAUGUAUUUUGUAAGUUUUGUAAUGUAUAAUUUGUUUCCUUGUUGGGCAAAGAUCUUUAGGAACACUUAAGCCAUAGCUGUCUUGUAUCCACAGGUCUGCCUUUAUCCAAAGCAUGUGUUACAGGCUGUCCAGCUGAUUAUGUGCUUGUUGUGGUGACGCUGAUUGUUCAGAGAGGGCACCACUCCUUCUGAAGCACUGUUUUGCUCCUGUUCAUGGCUAAUGAAGCCUCCUGCUGCGCUGGCUCCCGACUAGAGUUUUUCCCUAGCAGUACACAACGCCCAGUAACAACAGAGGAACGUCCAUCAAGCAGGGAUGCAACAGGGCACAGCUUUGUUCUGCUCCAUUUUGCAGGUUUUAACCACUGUACUUGCAAAACCAGAGGGUGUUUUUAUUUGAAGGGGGGGGGGGGUAUCCAAACAAUCUGAAUUGUAAACCGUGUGCUUAAAUUUACCUCAGUAACUUACCUUUCCUGUUUUUCCAUAAACCUGCAGCAAAACAAGCCUUAGGCAAAGGAUACUGCAUUUAGCUUCCCAAGCUGCUACUCCUCAGGAAACUCACUGACUGACUGUUGGUUCCUUCAAUAACAAAAAAUGCAACAGAACAAUAGGGUGAAUCGAGACAAUAGGCCAUUGUUUUUUUAGGUAAAAAGCAGUGAAAUAAUGAUGAGAGAGUUUAUUUUCCUGAUGACGUUUUCCAUCCUGUCGCUUUGCUCUGCUUACGCACAUCUGCAUGUUAUGGGCUUUUGCAGUGUAGUCUCGGUUCCCCUCUUCAGAGCCACAUUUGGAGACUUAAUUAUCUCAGGAACUCUGUAGUAAUUGAGGGGUUUGUUUUGGUUCUUAAAAUCAUGCUUUGUUAUUUAUAAACUCAAGACUAUAAUUAUGGACAGUAGAGCAAACUGGGGACGAUUAAUUAUCUGUGCCUUCCCUGGAGUAGCACGGAAAUGUCUGUUGACUGCAUUUCAGUGCUAUUCAUAGCAUGGACCUCCAACACCACGGGACUGCUAUGAAGAUAAAUUUAAAUGUAAAAACUAGAGCAGUUUGAUAUUUUAUCCUUAUUAGACGAUAGAGCUCGUAAUGGCCUAGACUGUGGAUGCUUUAAUUACACUGGGACUACAUGACAAACAUGAUAAGUAGAAAGUAAGGUUCAGGUGUGGCUCUCACAGCUGCUGAGAAGAGAGAUUUCUGAUACAGUCUAUUAAACUGUGCAACAAAAUACAACCAUGCUCUUUAUACACAUAGCAGCAUUGUAAAUUAGACUUGCACACACUGAGCUAUCUAGCUAAGAAAUAGCCAAAGAGUUUUGGGAGAAAAUAAGUGUGGUUUCUGGACAUAGUUUUCCUAGUAGCAUCCUUACAAGAAAAAUAAACAAGGUUUUCUCUCCAUCUUGUCCAGAGAAAUUCAGAAAACCAUAAUCGUGCCUUACUAGGGGUCACUGUGGUUCCCCUGCAGGUGCACUGGAAUAGUCCCCGUGCAGUGUGGGAUACUAAAUGUGGCACUAGCUGACUGCCUAGUGAAGCUUCCAUAUGGAUGUGGAUGUCUGAGCAACAAGUUUCAUAAGUCACCUCAAACUGCUGCUUGAUACCUUUUAUAGUGUCAUCUCCAUAUGAUCCUUCCAGGCCAUGCACACUGAGAUUGCUUAUCUGACCCAUCACUCUCUCUCUAAAACACCACUCCAGCUCAUUUAGUUGAGAGUUGACAAAGAUCCUGUACUUUUUCUACUGUCAUAUGCACAGGAUUUGUUAUUUUCUUUAGAUAGCUUCAGUAAUUCAAGAAAGGUGGAGUGGCCCACUCUUCUUUUAUCAUAGCUUUCCCCCCACGCCAUCUAGUUAACUAGCUGCAAAAAUCUCUCAAGCUGUUAUAUUUCUGGUCCUCUGUCAUGAUGCAAAGCACUGAGCUACUGGCCACCAGCUUACCUGCAGAAACUGCCACAGUAUAUUCCCUGGGGGCUCCCCUGAUGCAGAGGCCUUCAUCCAGAAGAGUUUAAAAUGAAAACUUUUUAAGAUCAGUGUUAUUGUUAGGUUUGUCACUUGUUACAUGGAUGUGACUGUAGGUAUGGGACCACUACACCUUUGCAUCUACGGUGAGCAAUGUUACCAUAUGGCAAAACCACGGCUCCAUAAGGCAGCUUGCCAUGCUUAUCCCUGCAUUUGCUAACGUGUUUUAAGCACCAUGCUGUUGUUUAUUAUCAGAAGAUCUGCUUUUUGUAGCUGCUCAGUUCUUUGCUACUGCUGAACUACUUCUGCAAUGACAUUGAAAUAGUUCAGACUACAUGCAAUGGGUUUCAUUCAUUUGUAUUCUAAAAUUCAAAAUCCCAGAUUUUCAGUUGCCAUGAACAUGAAAAUAAAGUCUAUGUGUGUACUAAUGUUUAGUUUGCACAAGUGGUGGCUGUCUGAAGUCUGAAUUAAUUAAUAAAAUACAUCCAUUAUUUAA